AUGGCCUCUGCGGAUGUUGAAUACCGAUGCUUUGUUGGUGGACUCGCAUGGGCUACCGACAAUGAUGGGCUUGAGAAGGCCUUCUCUCUUUACGGUGACAUCGUUGAAUCGAAGAUUAUCAACGAUCGUGAGACUGGAAGAUCCAGGGGUUUCGGAUUCGUGACCUUCGCGUCUGAGCAGUCAAUGAAAGAUGCGAUCCAAGGGAUGAACGGCCAGAACCUUGACGGCCGUAACAUUACUGUGAACCAAGCUCAGUCCCGCGGUGGAUAUAGUCGAGGUGGAGGUGGCGGUGGAUACGGCAGCGGAGGUUACGGUGGUCGUCGUGAAGGAGGAUACAACCGUAAUGGUGGAUCACGCUUUUCUCGUCGUGGCGGUCAUGAAACAGUUUGGUGA